UAUGACGAUGCUUUUUUGCGCGGCGCAUGCGCAUUACGUUUUCAUCCGUCAGGGGGAGUGAGAAGCAUUAAGAUGGACAAAGGGGAAGCUCAUGCCCAGCGGCCCGUGUCUUUGGGCAUCACGGUUGAUGAUGAAGCUGCAGUUUCAGAGCCUGCUGCAGAAGCCUCCAGUCAGAUUCCCUCCAUAGAUGACAUCCUUCCCCAAGAAGACAGCAUCGAUCUGGGCGGCACAGACUUUGUCACACCCCCGGGAGACAGCAGCAUCACACCCACUGAGAGCUUGAUGGACAGACUAAAUGAUCAGAUGAUGGAGAGCGUCAUGAUUUCCGACUCACCUAACAACAGUGAGGAGGACGACGUGGCUCCUAUCGACUCCUAUCUGGAUGGUGGGGAGCCGGAAAAUGCAAUCCCUGGAAACAUAGAGGGGGACAGUGAGAUUGGACAGAACACGACAGAGAUUAAAGUUUCAGUGGACCAACUGGAACAGGAAUGCUCUGAAGAGGAAAUAACAGAGGAGGAGGCCACACAACAGCAAGUCCCAGCUUCUGCCUCACCUCAAGAUGAUACUUUGAGUCCAGCUGCUAAUGAUGUACCAGUCAGAGGGAUUAGUCCUAAAGAUGAGCCUGUGCCAGUGUGCACCAUAUUCAGCCAGAGCACCCUGCCGAAGUCGUUGGUGCCCGAUGGCUUCCAGCCUACCCUGAUCAAGUCCCCCAGCUUUACUAUGGGAAGUGCGGGUGGAAGUGAUGAAGCUGUGACCCCCAGUAAGCUAACUGCUCCCCUAGUUUGUCAGCCCAGCCCUAGCCUCAGUAAGUUCUUUGCUGACAAUGGACAAGCCAAUCCAGCCUCUGACUUCUUUGAUUCUUUUACUGUUCCAUCAUCCUUUAUUUCUGUUUCUAACCCCAACGCUGACCUUUCUCCUGGGGCUGGCCCGCCACCCAUGCCUCUUACCCCUGAGCGCCAGCUCACUUCAGCCUCCUCUAUUUCCACCCCAGGAGCACUUUUAGACUCUGCAUCUCCCACGCCGAGCCCAGUGUUUGGCCCUGCUCCCACUGAACCAAACACCAACUCCCAACCGCUUCCACCCCAGACUGUCCCAGCUCCAAGUCCGGUCCCAGUCCCCAUUCCAGCCACACAGGCACAGCCAUUCAACCAGCUCCAAGCUGUGUUCUCAGGGAGCGAUGACACGUUUGCGAUUGCUCUGAGCUUGAGUGAGGUGGACAGGCGACAUGAUGCCUGGCUGCCUUGUGAGGAGACGAGGAAAGUCUUGAUAUCUGUUGCCACCCAUCAGUACAGCCCUGCAUAUGUAGAGAGCAACAAACUCACAAUGCCUGGGCUGAAAUUUGACAACCUGCAGGGAGAUGCCGUAAAAGACCUCAUGCUUCGUUUCUUGGGAGAGCAGGCAGCCAUGAGGCGUCAGGUCCUCACCGCCAACUCUGUGGAGCAGUCCUUCAUCGGCCUCAAGCAGCUCAUUAGCACUAAGAACUGGCGGGCUGCCGUGGAUCUGACAGGACGGUUGUUGACAGCUCACGGUCAGGGAUACGGAAAGGCCGGCCAGCCAACCUCUCACACCACUGACUCACUGCAGCUCUGGUUUGUGCGGCUGUCCCUUCUCACCAAGUUGAACCUUUUCCAAAAUGCUGAACUGGAGAUUGAACCCUUUGGCAACCUCGACCAACCAGAUCUGUACUAUGAGUACUAUCCAACUGUUUACCCUGGGAGGAGAGGCUCAAUGGUGCCUUUCUCCAUGCGGCUGCUGCACGCCGAGCUUCCCCAGUACCUAUCCAAACCCCAGGAGGCUCUGGACCGCCUGCACAACCUCAAAACUGUCUGCCUUGCUAUACUGGAAAACCUGGAGAAAGGCUUGGCAGAGGAUGGCAGCAUGAUCACCCUAGCACAGGAGAACAGGCAAGCAUCCCUAAAGCUGUGGAGGUCUCGUCUCAGUCGGGUCAUGUACUCCAUGGCCAACUGCCUGCUGCUGAUGAAGGACUAUGUUCUGGCAGUGGAGACCUAUCACUCCAUCAUCCAGUAUGAACCCCAGCAGAGAGUGCAGCUGCUCAGUGGAAUCGGACGCAUCUUCUUGCAGAUUGGAGAUGUGAAAACUGCAGAAAGAUACUUCCAGGACGUGGAGAAAGCCUACGAGACGAAAGGGAGUAACCUCAGUCACGCUACAUGCGUUCUAAUGAACAGGGCCUUUGUCUACCUCAGUCAGAAUAAUUACACUGAAGCACACGCAACUUUCCUUGAAGUUUUAAAAAUUGACCCAAAAAAUCCAGUUGCAAAUAACAACGCUGCAGUGUGUCUCCUCUACUUGGGCCGGCUAAAGGAGUCCUUGGGCCAGCUGGAGGGCCUGGUUCAGCAGGACCCCACCCAGUACCUCCAUGAGAGCGUCCUCUUCAACCUGACCACCAUGUAUGAACUGGAGUCGUCGCGCAGCACGCAGAAGAAGCAGGCGCUGCUGGACGCUGUGGCCUGCCGGGAGGGAGACAGCUUCAAUGCGCAGUGCCUCAAAUUGGUCUGAGAGGAAAGACAACUGGGAGAGAACUGUGGUGCUGCUGCUGCCCCGUGUUAACGACGGGUACUGCAGCUCUGUGUUCAGAGAGGAACUAAGCCGUCCUCCUGUGGGACAGUAAAACCAAUACUUGCUGUUCAGUUUCAGAAAUGUUAAAAGGGGACGUUUGAGAUCGGCUUUUAUCGCACUAAAGUGGUCCAGCGCUCCUGCCAUGUGAGCAGUGACCCAGAAACAGUCCUCACACUUACAGCAUUUUGAGACUGAAAGAAUUUGUGGUGAAUGUGCUUAUUUGUUCUGUUGUUUGUGCUGCAGCUCUGCAUAAAUACUGAGGGAGUGAAUGUCUGGGUCCAAGGCAAAAACUAAUAAUAGUAAUAAUCCAACUAUGUAACACGUGAGCUUUUUAGACCACUUUGAAAUCUGGAGUAAUGUAAAAGAAAUUACAUUAGGGUCAUGUGAGGGCAUCACUGCAUUAAUCUGGCUGUAUUAAUGCAGCCAGAUUAAUGCUUCUUGUGUUUCACUGAUACACAAGAAGACUUGACUUUUAAACCAGCGUUUCUUUUUGUCACUACAUACUUCUCUCCUGUGUAAACAGGGUUCCUACCCAUAUUUCCAGACUUUAUGCAGACUCAAAAUAUUCCGAAUCCUCAGUUCUUUUUAAGACAGGUUUUAAAGGUAUAAAUAAUAAAAACUUACAUUUCCAAAUUGGUCUGGAUUUAAUGCAGAAGUUUAAACAGAAGACAGAAACAAAUGAAACAUGGACAGAUGGACGGACAAAAAUACAAGAAAGACAACAAGAUGAAACACUGAAAGAAGGAUGGAAAUGAAUAAUGAUGGAGCCGACAUACUGGCAAAAAGAUGGAAGAAUGAAUGUAUGGUUGAACAGAUGGAAGGAAAAGACUCUUAGUGAACAGAAUAAGGAACGAGUCUGGUAAUAUUAAUGUUCUUUCCUCACCCAAACCUAAAAAGCCUCUUAAAUAAAAUGCAUCAGUUUUCCAGACUGCUUAGGAACUGUGUGCAAAAAGCUUUUCUACAUCCAGACACUGAUCAGACUGAACCCUCAGUUUUAUCAACUAAAAGUUGUUUCUUUGAUGGUUCAUUCUGACCUGAAUACAGUAAUGUUAGGUUUUCUUUAGCUCUGCUCCAACCAUCAGGUUGCAUGUGUGCAACACGACUCAAAAUCUUCUGGAUGGAUCUGCGCUUAAAUUUGAACUAAAUCUGGGAUAAAGCUUGAUCCACAUCAGUGAUUUUUUUCUCUCUCUCUCUCUCUUUGCCCCGCUGGAAUGUGGCUCUCUUUAGGCCCGUCUAUUUAAGCCGUCACAUGACCCUCUGCUCAAAGAUCAUUACAGCAAGACCAACCAUGAAAACAGCCCCAUCUUCUGUAGUCAAUUCAAAAAGACACAACAGGCUGCUCUCUAACAUCAAUAAACACGUUUCCCAAACAUUCCUCUCAGUAAAUAUAUUUUAACUGAGAAAUUCAAAAUUACAAAAAAAUAAAUAAAAAUAA